AUGAAUUCUCUUUGUGUCAUUUUCGGUCGAUACGAUGUCCUCGUUCAUGAUUUGACAACAGAUUUGUUGAAUCUUCCAAAACUGUCAUCGAAGAGCGAUCCGAAGAUUCGAUUGUGGGCGGUGAAGGUGAAUGGUUAUGUUGCUGACGUCAGAUCCAUGAACAGAGAAGAAGAUCUUACUAAUGGAUACGUGAUGACCAAUCUAGCCUCUAAACUUGGUGCAGGUUUAUACCAAGAGUGGCAGAGAAAGAGAGCUGGUAUUCACAAUGCCAAUUUUGUUCAGUUUGCCGAGUUUCUCAAUGAGAAAGUUGUUGAUUUGCCACCUGAUUUGAUAAGGCCACUCAGUUCUGGUCAUGCUGAAUCCAAAAGGAAUCAAGCUUCAGCGAAAUCAUCUCGUCAGGUUUUAACUCACCAAGCACAAACUUCGGACUCUGCUUCUCAACCCGAAUUGUGUAAGAAGUGCAAUAAAAAACAACGUCCUCUUCAUCAGUGUGCUAGUUUUAAAGCAAAGGAGCAAAGACUCUCGUUUGUGAAAGAUAAUGCAAUUUGCUUUACUUGUUUGGAUUCUUUGAAACACGACUGGAGAGUUUGUGCUAAGAAGAAAACUUGCGGUACGAGGGGGUGUUCUGGUCGUCAUCACCCUUUGUUGCAUCAAUCAAGAGAUUUGGAUUCGGUGUUGAGCACAGCUGCUGCACCAUUUGUUCCUCAACCGCAUAUUCACUCUUCACAUGUCCGCUCAAAUACAUCAGUUAUGUUCAAAAUAGUUCCGAUUAGGCUUCAUGGUCGAGAUAACAGUUUUGUUGACACAUUCGCAUUUCUUGAUGAUGGUUCAUCUUUGACAAUGCUCGAGAAGGAUGUGUUUGAUGAACUGGGUCUACAAGGUGAACCUGAAGAACUGACUCUGCAAUGCACUAAAGGUGUUAUACGUUCAGAGAAUUCUUUGCGGACCAUUCUGGAAGUGUCUGGUGUCAACAAGAAAAAACGUCAUUGUUUAAAAAACGUGUAUACAGUCAAGGAUUUAGACUUUCCUAGUCAAUCAAUCGAUGUAUCUUAUUUGAUGGGUAUGUAUCCUCAUCUCCGUGGACUUCCAUUGAAAGAUCUUCGUCAUGGAAAGGAUAAAGAACCUUGUGCUGUUCAAACACUUCUUGGUUGGAUUGUUUAUGGCAAUGCAAAUUCAACUUCUACUGAAGCUAAUGUUUUUUGCACUCAUCAAGUAUCCAGGCCUACAAUGAAAUUCUUGUUUCAUGACGCAAUUAAACAGGAUGAAAGUUUACAUGAUUUAGUCAAGCGACAUUUUACUACAGAAGAAUUUGGUGUGACGCCCCCAAGGUCAGACUUAGUGAGCCAAGAAGUUCGUCGGGCAAUGGAUAUAAUGGAGCGUUCUCUGAAGAUGGGACCAGACAACCUUGUGCAUUUGCAUGCUGGUCUUUUUAAAUUUCGAGAGAGAGCAAUUGCUGUGAAUGCUGAUGUUAAAGAAAUGUUCCAUCAGAUCAAAAUCGUUGAAGAAGACCAGCAAUGUCAAAGAAUCUUAUGGAGAGAUGGUGACACUUCAAGAAAACCUACGGUGUACAUAAUGGAAGUCAUGAUAUUCGGACCCAGAUGUUCACCAACAUGUGCACAGUUCGUUAAAAAUCACCAUGCCAAUUUGUUUAAAGAAGAAUGCCCAAAAGCUUUGGAUGGACUUACUAAGAGGACUUACGUCGAUGACUACUUCAACAGCCAUGACUCAGUCGAAGAAGCAGUUUCAGUCACCAAAGAUGCUAUUCGUAUCUGCAAGUAA